AUGGCGUUCGAGAUGCCAUUGGAUCAGAUAAAGCAGCUUCGGAUUCUGCUCCGCAAAGAGGCGAACCUCUCAUGGUACGAACCCGAGAAGGAGGAAAAUCUUGCGCUCCCGAAGCUUCCUUCCGUCUCCGAAACCAUAGCAAAGUUGGAUCCCUCGCCGUCUUAUCUUCGCUGUAAGAAUUGCGACGGGAGACUCAUACGCGACGUGCAAUCUUUCGUCUGCGUCUUUUGCGGCACGAAUUCCCGCAAGGACCUCCCUCCUGAACCCAUCAAAUUCAAGAGCACCAUUGGCUAUCGGUGGCUACUCGAGUCCCUUCAACUCGAUGGAUCGGAGAUGGUGACACCAGUGAUAGAUGAAAAUGAAUGGAACAGAGGGAGGAAUGAAUCAAAAGAUGAAAUUCCCCUAUCUGAACUGCUGGAUUUGGAAAUUAGAUGGCCUUCCGAAGCUGAGAUAGCUCAGUCGAGUUCUUCAGCUUCUGCAGCUUUUCAGGGGAAAAGCUCAUUAAGUUUGGCUGGAGUUGAUCUUGACAGUUAUUUCAACAGGAAGGAAUCUAAUUCCGAUGUGUUUCAACCAAACAUGGCUUCUGGAAGACAGGUGGGUACUGCUUCAGAUAAUACAUUCCAAGCGAAUGAAAAUCUUAGCUUGUUUCAAAAUGUACAAGCUUCAGAAGUGGCUGCAGGAUCUGCAGAAAAUCUGAGUGGUGAUUCGUUUUCCGGUUGGGAGGCCAGGUUUACAUCUGCUAGUUCUGAUCCUGUUCAUGAAAUGUCCAAAUCUGUUGAUCAUUCUGAAGUUGAUUUGGAUACAGCAUCUGGAUUCUGGAAAGAUCCUGUUGGUGUAAAGAAGAAUGACGAUUUCAAUCCCUCAGCAUCCACAGAACAUGAUUAUUUUCAGGGUGAUGGAUGGAGAACUUCAAACUCGAUGUUACAGACCCAGACUGGGAAAUCAGAAUCGACCAUGGAUCUUAGUGGUACUAAAACAGUAGAAAGUGCUAAUGGUUCUAGUAGAGAUGUUGAUUGGAUGCAAAGUGACCAAUGGCAAGGGAGUGGUAACAAGACAACUGACAAUGUGGGUAUUACUGAAGAUAAUUCACUUGAUGAAUGGAAUGAUUUUACUGGCUCAGCUAGCACAGAAGACCCUUCUAGUACUAUUUCCAGCUUAAAGACAACUGACCAGACUGGAAGUAUUGGAUUUUCUGUUGAUUUUACUGAUACAAAAAUAGCGGAGGAUGCUAAUAGCUCUUCUAACAAAGAUUUUGAUUGGAUGCAAUAUCAGUGGCAAGAUAGCAAUAAUGAGUCAACAGAUACCAUCAGUGCUAAUGAAGCUGUUGACUCAUUUGAUUCAUGGAACGACUUCACUGGCUCAGCCAAUACACAACACUCGUCCUUUGGUGUAUCCCACUCAGAGAUAACAAGCCAGACUGGUAAAUUUGAAUCAACCCAGGAUCAUAAUGAUACGAAAACAGCUGAAAGUGCUGCUGGCUCUAGUAAUUUUGAUUGGAUGCAAGAUGACGGAUGGCAGGGGAUUGAAAACAAGGUAACUGGUAUUGUGACUACAAAUGAAGUGGCUGAUACAUUCGAUGCAUGGAAUGAUUUUACUGGCUCAGCUAUUUUGCAUAAUCCUGCCAGUGUUGUUUCCGACUCUCUGAUCACUGCCCAGAUGGGGAACUCUGAAAUUACUGCUGAUCUUAAUGACUUGAAAACAGAAAGGGAUACAAAUGCUUUUUCUCACACAAGUUUUGACUGGAAUCAAAAUAACCAAUGGCAAGAUAGCAACAACAAAACAACUGAUUCCAGGACUACUAAUGAUAUUGAUUCAUUUGAUGAUUGGAAUGACUUUACUAGCUUGGCUACUACACAAGAUCAUUCCAGCAGUGUUUGGAAACAAACAGUAAAUCAGACUUCUGCUGAAAAGACCUCCGAAAUGAAUUUACCCAGUACGUCAAUCAGACCGCAUGAUAUAGAAUUUAGUGGGCUUCCACAACAUGAUUUAUUUCCAGGACAGUUUGGUAGUUUUUCAGCUUCUCUUCCAGCUACAGCUUCAAACAGGGUGGCUGAAGUGGAUACCACGAGAGGAAACUCUGGAGAUGUUCCCACUGCAGUAGGGUCAAAAGAUGAUGUAGAGAUGCUGAUGUCACAGAUGCAUGAUCUCUCCUUUAUGCUUGAGAACAAUCUUUCAAUUCCCCCAAAGUAA